AGCCCCACUGAGAAGGAGGCCAGGGGUUAAGAGGAACGUGGGCCUCCCGCGCCGGGCCGGGCCGGGCCAUGGCGUUCCUGGCCGGGCCGCGCCUGCUUGACUGGGCCAGCUCGCCGCCGCACCUGCAGUUCAACAAGUUCGUACUGACCGGCUACCGGCCUGCCAGCAGCGGCUCUGGCUGCCUGCGCAGCCUCUUCUACCUGCACAACGAGCUGGGCAACAUCUACACGCACGGGCUGGCCCUGCUGGGCUUCCUGGUGCUGCUGCCAAUGACCAUGCCCUGGGGUCAGCUGGGCAAGGAUGGCUGGCUGGGGGGCACACACUGUGUGGCCUGCCUGGCACCACCUGCAGGCUCUGUGCUCUACCAUCUCUUCAUGUGCCACCAAGGGGGCAGCCCUGUGUACACUCGGCUCCUUGCCCUGGAUAUGUGUGGGGUCUGCCUCGUCAACACCCUCGGAGCCCUGCCCAUCAUCCACUGCACCCUGGCCUGCAGGCCCUGGCUGCGUCCAGCUGCCCUGGUGGGCUACACCAUGCUGUCAGGUGUGGCUGGCUGGAGGGCCCUCACUGCUCCCUCCACCAGUGCCCGACUCCGAGCUUUUGGUUGGCAGGCUGGUGCCCGCCUUCUGGUGUUUGGGGCCCGGGGAGUGGGACUGGGCUCUGGAGCUCCGGGCUCCCUGCCCUGUUACCUGCGCAUGGAUGCCCUGGCACUGCUUGGGGGGCUAGUGAACGUGGCCCGCCUGCCAGAGCGCUGGGGACCAGGCCGCUUCGACUACUGGGGCAACUCACACCAGAUCAUGCACCUGCUCAGUGUGGGCUCCAUCCUGCAGUUACACGCUGGCGUCGUGCCUGACCUGCUCUGGGCCGCCCACCAUGCCUGUCCCCCAGACUGAGCCACCGCCCACACACCAUGCCAGCCUGCCCAGUCUUCUAGGGCCAACACCAGGCUUUCCUCCUUCUGCUGGUCUGCAAGGGGCUGGCUCCCUGGAUGCCUCCCAGCUGGGAGCCCUUGUCUGUUCACCCUUUCUUCCUGUGGAUGAGCCUCUCCUCCUACCCACACCUUGGAGCUCCAGCUUCCUUCCCUGCCUUCUUCCAGGGCACUGUCUUCCUGUGCAGGCUAGAAGGAAACUAAUCCUCCUCAGGGCCUCAGUUUACCCUGUGACCUGUGAGGGUUGGGCCAGAGGGACGCUGGGGUCAGUCUUGCUCUGACAGCUGGAGUCUUGCCAUCCAAGAGCCAGAGCCCCACCCUGCCCCUCCUCAGACCCUCACUUAAGGUACCUUGUGGGUGGCUGGCCCAGCCACCAGCCUACGAUUCCUGACCUCCAUCUUUUGGCCCUGCAUGCCAGCCCUCUCAGCAACCUGAGGCUCACUCACCCCUUCUCCCUUCUGUCCAGAUUGGAGUGAGGGUUUGGCAGCAGAACUAUCCCCUUAUCUCAGGACCAAGGGGUAGGAGGACUGCUGCUGCUUUUCCCAGGCAACUGGCACAGAUGUAAAGAGCUGAGUGGACCUGGACCACUGGGCUGCGGGCCCACCCUCCACUUUGAGUGCCAUGUUCUGAUGGCUCAACCUGCCUACUGGGGAUGCACCUGCUCAGGAAACCUCUGUUCCACACUGUGUGGGG